AUGGGCGACUUUCGUGAAAUCAAUUCCAAGGCCUACAUGACCAAGGAUCUGAAGUUUUCCCAGGCUCAAAAGGGGUACAUGAAGGAUGUGGAAAGAUGUUUUGGUAUUUUACAGUCGCGCUUUAGUAUUGUUAUAGGAGCGGCUCGUGGGUGGGAUGGAGAAGACAUUCGAUACAUCAUGUUGACUUGUAUUAUAUUACACGACAUGAUAAUCGAGAAUGAAAGACCAGAGGACAGCGAUGAGGAAUUGGAGUCCGAUGAAGAAGAGGAUAACAAUAUGCGGCCCAAGUUGGCUAUGGCACUCUGGGAAGGACCGACCGGUGAUUACUUUGAUCCUAUUGGUAGAGAUGGUUAUUAUUUCAACGGAUUCAUGGAUCGAUACAAUGCCAUUAGAUGUGCAAACACUCAUUCAAACCUUCAAGAAGAUCUGAAAGAGCAUUUAUGGAACAUUCAAGGUUACUUGGAGAUCUAG